AUGCCUUCAACAUCCCGAGUGGUCGCGCUCGCUCAAGGCAGGCUGCUGAUGGAGGCUCAGCAACACCACAAAGACGGGUCGGCCGCCGUCGCCGCUGCUGCGGGCGCUGGCGGCGGGGCUGCUGGUGUCAGAUGGCGGGCUGGGGCCCCGCAGGAGAGCAAUGGAAGUGCUCGGAUUCCUCCCAUCACGCCUCGGACCCGUCACCGCGCGAACCGUGUUAAGGCUGCCAUUGACGAGCGCAUCGACCGCUUGGCCCGUCGACAACCCUUCAUCAACUAUUAUCUCAUGGCCGUUCAGGUCGUCGUGCACAUCAUCACCCUCAUCGUCGUGCCGCAAGCCCCGAUUGCUUCACGGCCAGUCCUGGAGACAGCCGCCAUUGAUGACCCUGCCGGCAACUCCCACGUCUUGCACGUCAACAAAUCAGGCAACGUCCUCAUUGGCCCUAGUGCACAAGACCUUAUUGCCUUUGGCGCGGUUUUUGCACCCUGCAUGCGCCGUGACCCGCGUGUCGAUGCUUACGUGCAAGCUCAGCGCCUUGAAUCAGACAACCUUGGCUGCUGCGUACACACCUUUGACAGCCAAGGCUUUACCGGCACCGCCGACGAAUGCACCGGUUUGGCGGUGUUUUUCAAUGAAACCAUUUGCUAUGGCCGCCGCUGCUGCGUUGAUCCCACCGUGUGGCCAGAAUGUGUCCCGCUACUAGCCGCCGACUUGCCCAAUGACACAGCCUUUGAGCCCUGCCGCGUCGACCUUGUCGCCAACCCGUGCUGUACCGGCAUCUUUGGGGAAUGCAGCAUCAUGACCCGCGAUGAAUGUGCCUUUCGCGACGGCUACUACCAUGCUGAUAAGCGCACUUGUGCCGAGGUCGAUUGUCUCCAAUCCGUCUGUGGCCUCUUUGAUUUUGUCAACCCGUUCAUACCUGAUCAAUGGUACCGCCUCAUCACAACGCUCGUCCUUCCCCCGGGCACCAUCUACCUUCUCGCUGUGCUUGUGGGGCAACUCUACAUUUCCGUCCCGAUCGAGCAGUCGAUCGGAUGGAAACGCUUCGGCGUUCUAGCCUUGUCUUCCGGCGUUGGCGGCUACAUCAUUUCCGGCAUCUUUGUGCCUUAUGAAAUCAAAUCUGGCAUCAGCCCAGUCCUCUAUGGUUGCCUUGGCGCUCUCUACAUUGAGCUUUUCCAGUCUUGGAAGCGGGUGCUACGCCCAGCACGCUAUCUGCUCUGGCUGGUGCUCAUCACUGCCCUGGCUUUUGCCGUUGGCACCCUCAAGUACAUUGACAACUUUGGCCACGUGGGUGGCUUUGUUUUUGGUGUCGUCACGGCUUUGAUCGUGUUGCCUUGGGAAACCUUCAGCAACUGGGACAAGGUUCGCAAGAGACUCAUUGCCAUUGUGGCUGCGGGAGUCCUGGCGCUCAUGUUUAUAACAUCAGCCACCAUGCUGUUCACGGGCGAGGCACCUGACUGCGAAGCCUGCUACGCAUUCAACUGCAUUGACUGGGUGCCGGGAAUGUGCGAUGAUGAUGCGCGAGCCGUCAUUUGA